GUGCGCUGUGUCCCUAGGACACAGCGGAUCACCGAUUUGCGGAAAGAGCCGAAGAUGUCGGCUCGGUCAUGUGGUCAUCUGUGUCCAAUCACAGCUGAUCACAUGGCACUGAUGAUCAGUGUGGCCCCAGAAGUGCCACCUGUCAGUGUCCAUCAGUGCCAGCUGUCAGUGCUGAACAGUGCCACAUGCCAGUGCCCAUCAGUGCCACAUCAAUGCCACAUAUCAGUGCCUACCAGUGCACAUCAAUGCCACAUAUCAGUGCUCAUCUGAGCUGCCUUUCAGUGUCACCCAUCAGUGCCAGUCAGUGCCACCUAUCAGUGCUGCCAAUCAGUGCCACCUAUCAGUGCUGCCAAUCAGUGCCAGUCAGUGCCGC